GGAGCUCCGGGCGGGACUUCCUUUCUCUUGCGGAUGCGAUAUCGGAUGUGAGCAGGCAAGAAAGGGCUUGGUCCGGGUAUCACUGGUGUGUGAGUGUGUGUGUGUGUGUGUGUGUGUGUUUGUGCGGCUCUGGUACAGCAGAGAACCGGGGCUGACGACGCCGCUGCAGCAGAAGCCUCGUAGAUGAACCUCGUCCCCGGCUAUGCUGCCCUGAGAGCAUCCGCCCCGCCAACAUGUCUGAAGUCAACAAGACUAUUCAGAAAUGGCACGCCAGUUUCAAGAAAGGCACAGACUUUGACUCGUGGGGACAAUUAGUGGAGGCUGUAGAUGAGUACCACAUUUUAGCGAGACAACUGCAGAAAGAGGUGCAGUCAACAAAUGCGUUCGACUUCACAGAGGAGCAAAAGAAAACUUUAGGAAAGAUUGCAACAUGCCUGGAGAUGAGAAGUGCCAGUUUGCAGUGCACACAGUCAAAGGAGGACUUCAAGUUAGAGGAGCUGAAGAAACUGGAAACCAUAAUUCAAAAUAUCUUGACCUACAACAAAGAAUUUCCUUUUGAUGUGCAGCCAGUGCCCUUAAGGAAAAUCCUAGCUCCAGGUGAAGAGGAGAGCCUGGAGCUGGAGGAGGAGGAGGAGGAGGACGCUGCAGCAGGAGCCGGUUCCACAGAAGCUUUCCCCCCGAGAGCCCCCGCUUCGCAAGGUACCUUGUUGCCACGCUUACCCUCGGAGCCUGGGCUGACACUACUCACACUAAAGAUAGAAAAGAUCGGGUUGAAGGAUGCCGGGCAGUGCAUCGACCCGUACAUGACCAUCAGUAUCAAAGAUUUGAACGGCGUAGAUGUGAACCCUGUGCAGGACACACCUGUGGCCUCCAGGAAGGAAGAUACCUACAUUCACUUCAGUGUGGAGGUAGAGAUCCAGAGACACGUGGAGAAAUUACCAAAAGGAGCAGCCAUCUUCUUUGAAUUCAAGCACUACAAACCUAAAAAGAGGUUCACCAGCACUAAAUGCUUUGCCUUCAUGGAAAUGGACGAGAUCAAACCCGGCCCCAUCGUCAUCGAACUGUACAAGAAGCCCACGGACUUCAAGAGGAAGAAGCUGCAGCUUCUAACAAAGAAACAACUCUAUCUCCAUCUUCAUCAGACAAUACACAAGGACAGCUAAGUGGCAGCACAGCCCGGACUUUGAACCUCCUCUUUUUGAAUCUCUCUCUCUUACAUCCAACGCGACGAAGCGCUCCACCUCAUCAGCUCCAGCAAUACCAAAACAAGGUUGUAGUCAUUUGUUUUCUCUACGAGUGUAUGAAGAGAGUAAAGGGAGUCAAAGAUCAGUCGCAUCAGACUUUUGUAUUCUUGACAAGUGCAUGUAACCUCUGUUGCAGGAAACCCUUCUCCAAAAACGCAAGAACCCUUUAGUUUAGUUUUUUUGACUGGUUGGAGGUACGGGCCUUUCAUAGGACAGAAGGGUUGUUAAAACAGUUAAACCACCUCAUCUCCAGUCUUCCUUAGCUCGCUGAUUUUUGGGAAAAACAUGGGACACAACGUGAGUUAUUGCAGGUGCUAAAUUAAAAUCACUAUUUAAUGUUUGUGCUGUUUGGUCUCUGAAGCAUUGAAUGACAUUAAACGAUGUGGACAUGUUGGUGAAGUCAUGGCAGAGUUUAUAAAGCCUCUCCCCUAAAUGAAAAAACAAGCGUCCUAGUCCAGAACGGUUUGUCUGCCAUAAUCAGACUUAAUUAAUUAAGACCUUUAUGGUUUAAUUAUAAAUUAAAUAGAUUAAUUUAAAAGCUAUUACAAACUGGUUAAUAAACCUGGCAUUACAUCGAUCUCGGUAGAAAUUGUGACAAAAAGAUUAAAUUCCCUAAUAAAUAAUUCUGCUUUAUUUAUUAUUAAAUUAAACUUCAGGUUAAUCCAUUUACUAAUGUGUCUCACCAUUUCCAUUGUGUGCUUCUUUAAAUAUGAACUGAACUUUGACAUUAGUUGUUGAUUGUUAAUAAAAGUAUUGAUUAGAGCAGCUUUAAUUUAAGGAACUGGCUCUCUGAUUGGCCAGCUGUUAUGCGAGUCUAUCCAAUCAGAGCUUAAAUGGAAACUAUAAAUCAUUUCAUACAUAUAUGAAUUACUAAAAUAGUCAAAUUGUCCUGGUGGCACAUUCUAUUAUGGUUUGUUGUUCAGUCACAGACAGAUUCAGCAGGGGCAUUUGUAAUGUUACAUGGUGAAAUUAUAGGUUAAAUAUACAUUAAUGCUCCGACCAUUUUAAGAAUAAUCAUUUUUAAAAGUUGUGCUGGCUUUGUUUAGAAUCACAAGUAUGAUUUCUAUAAAAUGAUGUGACAGUUGCCACAUUUCAGUUCAGUGUUCAUGCUUCAGUAUGCAUUUGAUUUAGUUUGUUUACACACGGUUUCAUGUUUUUUGUGGAUGCAGCAUGGUUUGCAUGAUUCUCGACUUGACAUCUGGUCGCGGCCCAUUUUUUUUUCUUAACAAGCAGAGAUCCAGUGUUCAGGUUGGAUGUUCCUCCCCUGCCAGAAGUUUGUUUUUAAACUCUAGUGUUACAUUGCAGAUCAGAUGCAUUCUAUUUGACCUAUGUCUAUAGGCUGCAUCUGUAUUGGCAGUCAAAGAAUUUCCUCUCUGUCACCCUGUUAUAAAGGGCUUUAAAAAAAAAUAAAGUUGCAUGUACCUUUUUGUCUCCAUUCGGACUUUGCAGAUGUUCAUCUUUACUACAACAUCUACAAUGUAAUAUUUGAGUUUUGAUGUCAUUUUUGUAAUAUACAGUAACGCGUGUGUAUGUAUGCAGCACCAUGAUGUGGUAGGACCUGAGACCCGUGGAGUGUUUUCUUGACAGACUGGGGGGAAGUGUAUCAAACAUUUACAAUGCUUUUCAUUUUUAAUAAACUACAAAUGAAGCAGUUGAACAGACUGCAUUUUUA